GAUUCCAUUCUCUUCCAUUCACCUGAUUUGUUUGAUCCUUUCUUAUCCAUUCACUUUCGCGCAAUCGAAUUAUCGUAGCAUGCAAAUACGUCCCCGCCUGUAGUUAUCACCAUCAAAUUGGUAACAUAUAAAAAGGGCCGUCUGACCAACUUCAAAGUAUCAGUUCUCAAACUGUCUUGACAACCUCACAUCUCUUCCAACAUGAAGUUCGCCAUUCUCUUUGCUGUCUUUGCCGUCGCCGCUGCCAGUGAUAUCUAUAACAAGACACCGGCUUACUCCGCACCAUCUUACAAGGCACCGGCUUACUCAGCACCAUCUUACGAGGCUCCAGCCUACUCUGCCCCAGCCUACUCCGCACCUUCCUACUCUGCCCCAGCCUACUCUGCUCCAGCCUACUCUGCCCCAGCCUACUCUGCCCCAGCCUACUCUGCCCCAGCCUACUCUGCUCCAGUCUACACCGCCCCAGCUUACUCCACUCCAGCCUAUUCCGCACCGGCCUACUCCGCACCAGUAGAAUACCCUGCGCAACCAUACAGCUUCUCUUAUAACGUGAAAGACGAGCCAUCGUACAAUGAUUUCAUCCACUCUGAGAGCAGCGACGGCAAGGUGACGACCGGCUCUUACCGCGUCCUUCUCCCCGACGGCCGCACCCAGGUCGUCACCUACAAGGCUGACAGCUACGGAUACACCGCUGAUGUGAAAUACGAAGGCGAGGCCAAAUACCCAGAAUACAAACCUUCCGAAUACAAAGCCCCUGCGUACUCUACGCCAUCCUACAAAGCUCCCGUUUAUACAACCCCCGCACCAGCAUACAAAGCUCCAGUUUACACAACUCCUGCGCCAGCCUACAAAGCUCCCGUUUACACAACCCCCGCACCAGCCUACAAGGCACCCGAAUACAAAGCUCCUACUUACGUAGCACCCACGUAUAGUGCACCAGCUUACUCCGCACCUGCCUACAAAGCCCCCCAAUACAAGACCCCCGCUUACACCGCCCCGGCCUAUAAAGCACCAGUUUAUACCACGACCGCUUACCCUAAGUAUUAAUUCAUUGUGAAGUGAAUUUUACAAUUGAUCUGAAAAUUAUUUAAUUAAUUUAACACUGAACUGUAUAAAACGGAGAGUUAUGAAACCUGAUUUUCCUGUAAUGAAACAUUUGACGAACGAAGUAUUUCGUACGUAAUUCAAGUUCUUUGAAUUACAUCAACAUACAAAUGAGAAUCUUGUUUUCCGGUUUUGGUUUGAAACAAAUAUAAAUGUUUUUUAAUUCUU